AUGCCGGGCGCCACGGCUAGGGGCUCGGAGUUGUCCGAGAGGAUCGAAAGCUUCGUGGAAACCCUGAAGCGGGGUGGCGGGAAGCACAGCUCCGAGGACAUGGCUCGGGAGACCCUGGCGCUGCUACGGCAGAUCAUCACGGACCACGGCUGGAGCAAUGCGGGUGAGCUCAUGGAGCUGAUCCGCCGGGAGGGCCGGAGGAUGACAGCCGCACAGCCCUCGGAGACUACAGUGGGCAACAUGGUGCGGAGAGUGCUCAAGAUCAUCCGCGAGGAGUACGGCAGACUUCACGGGCGGAGCGAAGAGAGCGAUCAGCAGGAAUCCCUGCACAAACUCCUAACAUCCGAAGGCCUGAGCGAGGACUUCAGCUUCCACUAUGCCCAACUCCAGGCCAACAUCAUCGAAGCAAUUAAUGAGCUUCUGGUGGAGCUGGAAGGGACAACGGAGAACAUUGCCGCCCAGGCUCUGGAGCAUAUUCACUCCAAUGAGGUUAUCAUGACCAUUGGCUACUCCCGAACAGUCGAAGCCUUCCUCAACGAGGCUGCCCGGAAGCGCAAAUUCCACGUCAUUGUGGCAGAGUGUGCCCCUUUCUGCCAGGGUCAUGAGAUGGCCGUCAACUUGUCCAAGGCAGGUAUUGAAACCACUGUCAUGACUGAUGCUGCCAUUUUUGCUGUUAUGUCAAGAGUCAAUAAAGUGAUCAUUGGCACAAAGACCAUCCUGGCCAAUGGUGCCCUGAGAGCUGUGGCAGGAACGCACACACUAGCACUCGCAGCAAAACACCAUUUCACCCCGCUCAUCGUCUGUGCUCCUAUGUUCAAGCUUUCCCCACAGUUCCCCAGUGAAGAGGAUUCUUUUCACAAGUUUGUGGCUCCUGAAGAAGUCCUCCCUUUCACAGAAGGGGACAUUCUGGAGAAGGUCAGUGUGCACUGCCCGGUGUUUGACUACGUCCCCCCAGAGCUCAUUACCCUCUUUAUCUCUAAUAUCGGCGGGAACGCACCUUCCUACAUCUACCGCCUGAUGAGUGAACUCUACCAUCCUGAUGAUCAUGUCCUGUGA